CACAAAGACUUAGAAAAAGACCAUUUGUAUUACUAUAUAUAUUUGUUCAUGGAAGGUUUAAUUAUGAUCAUAUAUCUCUCAUCUCAAUCUCUUACACAAAUAUGGUUAAAUUUACUCAAAUUGUUAUGUUUUUCGUGAUUUUGCUUUACUCAAAUUUAGGAGAGAAGGUUAGAGGAAUCAAGUGCAAACAUGUUGAAAGAGAAGCACUUCUCAAAUUUAAACACGGUCUUGAUGGUAGCACUCCUCUUCUUUCUUCUUGGGGAAAUGAAGAAGAGAAGAGAGAGUGUUGCGAAUGGAUCGGAAUUCGUUGUGACAACAAAUCUGGUCAUGUUAUCAGUCUUGAUAUUUCACCUUCAACUUUUGGUGAUGAUGAUGAAAAUAAGGAAUGUGACACAUAUCACAUGGAUCUUUCAGGUAAAUAUAUCAGUUCUUCAUUGCUUAAGUUGAAAAAUUUAAGCUAUUUGCGCCUCAGCUGCAUUGAUUUGGAGAAUCUUCAGUUCCCAAGUUUUAUUGGUAAUCUCAGCAAAUUAUUAUACCUUGAUCUUUCUAACAAUCUCCUUAGUGGAAAAAUUCCCUCUCAACUUGGAAAUCUUUCCAAAUUGAAGUUUCUUGAUCUUAGCAAUAAUAGUCCUGAUUUGAUUAUAUCAAACCUUGAUUGGCUUUCUACCCUUACUUCUUUAAAUUUUCUUGACUUAAGUAAUUUAGACUUAGGUGAAGUCAAAAAUUGGAUGCAACCAAUAUUCCAACUUCCUCAACUCACAAAUGUGAAUCUAUCUAGUUGUAGUCUUCAAGACUUAACACCCAAUUCAUUUCCUUCCUACAAUAACUCUUCUAUUUCCAUUCUUGAUCUAUCUUGGAAUGUUCUAUCUAAUUAUUCUACAUACCAUUGGUUGAUUAACUCCAUGCCCAAUCUUCUCCAUCUUGAUCUUCAUAAUAACAUGUUAAGUUUUCCACAAAAUAGUUUUGGGAAUCUUGUUACAUCUACUUUAACCUACCUUGAUCUUUCUGAUAAUGAAAUACAUGGUACUAUUCCAAACACUUUUAAAAAUAUAACUUCCCUUGAAUACCUUUCUCUUAGAGGUAACUACUUCUCUGGUACCAUUCCUUACGGUUUUGGAAACUUGGCUUCUCUUACAUAUCUUGAUCUGAGUGCUAAUCGAUUAGAAAAUUCUAUUCCGAAUGAUUUCGGAAACAUGAAUGCCCUAGAAUACCUUGAUCUUAGCUUUAAUAAUCUCAAAGGUGAAAUGAUGGAUAUGUUUGUUGUCAAAGAUACACAACUUUUAUCUUUGAAAGAGUUGAGAAUUAAUGCAAAUCAAUUGCAUGGGCUUGUACCUAAAAGUAUUGGCAAUUUGAGGCAUUUGGAGAUUUUGAAUCUAUCUAUGAACUCACUAGAAGGUGUGCUUAGUGAAGCUCAUUUCUCAAAUCUCUCAAAGCUAUAUCAUCUUGAUUUAUCAUUUAAUAAACAUCUAGAGUUGAAUGUCUCUUCUAAUUGGAUUCCUCCCUUUCAUUUACAAGUUCUUGGACUUGGGAAUUGUAAAUUAGGGUUUGAAUUUCCAAAGUGGUUGCAAACACAAAAAAAUCUCUCCCACAUAGUCAUUACCAAUUCAGGAAUUUCAGAAUCUAUUCCAAAUUGGUUUUGGAAUUUUAGUACUCAAUUAUCUUUGGUGAAUCUUUCGAACAACCAAAUCGGUGGACCUAUAGUGAAAGAUUAUUCAUUGAAAUCAAACCUUAUUGAAGUUGAUUUGAGUUCAAAUCAUUUUGUUGGUCCAAUACCAAAUUUUUUAUUCAAAGUGGAAAGAUUACAUCUUUCCAAAAACAAAUUUUCAAGUCUCAAUUCCAUGUGUAAUGUUAGUGAUGAUCAUUAUCAUUACUCCUUGAGUUUUCUAGAUAUCUCUGAUAAUCAACUGAUUGGAGAGCUUCCAAACUGUUUGUGGAAACUCAAAUACAUAAAGAUUCUCAUUUUGUCAAACAAUAAGCUAUCAGGAAAAAUUCCUAAGUCUAUUGGGAGCUUAUCUUCAAUUAGAUCAUUACAUUUAAGUAACAAUAAUUUCAGUGGGAAUUUGCCUUCAUCCAUGAAAAAAUGUCAAGAAUUGAUUCUUCUUGACUUGGGAAAAAAUCAAUUAUCAGGGUCAAUACCAAUGUGGAUAGGAGAAAGUCUUCAAAACCUUAUGAUUCUCAGCUUGAGAUCCAAUCAUUUCAAUAAAACCAUACCUCAAAAUCUGUGUCAUUUGGUAAAGCUUCAUGUGUUGGACUUGUCACUUAAUCACAUCUCUGGAAGAAUACCAAGUUGUAUUGGUAAUUUUUCUUCAAUGAAAAAGAAUGAAGAUGAGGAUACAUAUUUUACAACUGUUGAUUAUUAUGAAUUGGGAAUAACUGAUUAUGAUGACCAAGUUUUCUUAACUUGGAAAGGUACUUUGUCUUCAUACAAAAGUACUCUUCGUCUUGUAAAAAUUAUCGAUCUAUCUAGCAACAAGUUGAUAGGAGAAAUUCCAAGACAAAUCACUCAACUUAAUGGUUUGGUGUUAUUGAACAUUUCAAGAAACAAUUUAAGUGGACAAAUUCCAUCAGAGAUUGGUAAGUUGGUAUCUUUAGAUGCUCUUGAUUUGUCAAGAAACCACAUUUUUGGUAAAAUUCCUUCAAGUCUAUCUAAAGUGGAUCGUCUCAACACUUUAGACUUGUCAAACAACAACUUGUCUGGAAAAAUUCCAACUGGUACUCAACUGCAAACCCGAGAUGAAGCCUCAUACGAAGGGAAUCCCGAACUCUGUGGAUCCCCACUUCUUAAGAAAUGUCAGGAAGACAAAGAAGCAACUCCUCCCCCUCAUCUUGGUGAUGACCGCCUAGAAAAUGAAGACGAGCUUAUUAUAACCAAAGGAUUUUUCAUCAGCUUAGCAAUGGGAUUUGUGGUUGGAUUUUGGGGAAUUUGUUUUACUUUGAUCUUCAAUAAGUCUUGGAGAUACACUUCUUUCAAGUUCUUGAGUAAUGUAGAAGAUUGGUGUACCUAAUUAAUACAAGAUUUAUAAGGAGAAAAUACUUCAUCAAUUUAUGAGAAGCUAAGAGGUGAAACAUACUAAUAAUUAAUUUUCUUUUCAAAUUAUAAUAUAUUCUUUUUCAUAUUACUUUAUUUAAGAGGUGUCUUACUUGCAGGAGACAUGUGGUUGGUUCUUCAUUUGGAGAAUGUUUCACUUCUGAAAAAUUUCCUCUUAAAAUAAUUUAUAAGGUUAAGACUUUUUUUUUUAAUAUUUAAAGUGUAAUAAAAUCUGUAAAAUCUAGUUUGUAUAAUAUAUUGAAUGUUGCACAAAAUCAUUCUCAAUGGAUUGUGUAUGUAUUGAGAUGAUAUGUAUUAGGGAGUCAUAGUCUGAGUCUGUUGUUGUCGUUAUUUCUGUUAUUGCAGAGUUGUUUUUUCAACUGUUUUUCAGUUGGUCACUCCUCUCAAGUGACUCAAUAUAUAAACCUUUUUGUACUC